AUGUGCGAGAGCGACAUAAUUAAAGUUAUAUUUUAUUCAACUGCUGGAGGGAUCUGAACAAUUUACUUUAUUUACUGGAUUAUAAACACCUACAUCAAGAACAUACAGCACAUAAAGCCACUUCACAAGAUUAUUACAUUUAUAGUUAUCUUUAAAAUGAUGAAUGUUGAUUUUGCGGCUUUGCAAUCUUUUACAUGCAGGGACACAAGUGAUUUAUAUCCCUAUUGAUCUUUAGGCUAUACAUCUACAUAUACUCUUUAUAAUACUUUUCUCUACACUUCAUUCAUUUUAAUCAGUAAAGGGUUCUGCGUAACUCGAGAGCUUCUUGAUAGAACUGAAGUUACUGUUAUAGCCAUGACAAUGGGCUUAUCUUACCUUGGCUUUAGUGCUUAUAUGAUCCAGCAAAUGGAAUUCUCGUUUUUUCUUAUAGUCAUGAUAUUUGUGUUUUUUCACUUGAACGUUAAAUAUACAAUUGAAAAUAUAAAAUCACUGCAAGACAGGUACAAUAUAUUAAGAAAUGCAAAUCUGCCAGGUCUUUUAUCGUCUUAUAUGAUGAAAAUCAACAUGCUUAAAUUUUAUUUGCUAAUUUUGCAUAUAUUUUUUAUUGAAGAACUUAGUGUAAUUUUAGCAGUGGAAAUCGGAGAAAUUGUAUUAGAAGACUCGACGUUGAGGUAUUCAGAUUAUAUUAAUAUUCCAGAUGAAAUAUUUGAAUCUAUUGGAAUUAUGAUUAUUUUAUUUAUUUUCAAAGCAAAGGAUAGAGGGCAGUUAUUUUUCUUGUCAAUUUAUCAAGAUGAAACUGAAGACCAAAGGCCAGCUCCUUUUUUGUCAGCAAGACUCCCUUUAGGCCAUGAUGAAGCUUUUCAUGAAGAAAACCCAGCAAUUGUACUCUGUCCCCAGGAAUUUAAUCCUUUGAAGCCAUAUAAAUCAGUUAUGCUAGGAAUUCCAUAUAUCCACCACGUUCCACUGUCUGAAGAAUCUGACUAG